UAUUGUGGCCUACUCCGUUGUCCACGCUAACCACCAUGUCCGCCCAGGCGCAGAUGCGGGCCCUGUUGGACCAACUUAUGGGGACGGCCCGGGACGGAGACGAAACCAGACAGAGGGUCAAGUUUACAGAUGAUCGUGUCUGCAAGAGUCACCUUCUGGACUGCUGCCCCCAUGACAUCCUGGCUGGGACGCGCAUGGAUUUAGGAGAGUGCACCAAAAUCCACGACCUAGCCUUGCGAGCAGAUUAUGAGAUUGCAAGUAAAGAAAGAGACCUGUUUUUUGAAUUGGAUGCAAUGGAUCAUCUGGAGUCCUUCAUUGCUGAGUGCGACCGGAGAACUGAGCUUGCCAAGAAGCGCCUGGCGGAGACCCAGGAGGAGAUCAGUGCUGAGGUCUCAGCUAAGGCAGAAAAAGUACAUGAAUUGAAUGAAGAGAUUGGAAAGCUCCUUGCAAAAGCUGAGCAGCUAGGAGCAGAAGGGAAUGUGGAUGAGUCUCAGAAGAUCCUCAUGGAGGUGGAGAAAGUCCGCACAAAGAAGAAGGAAGCUGAGGAAGAGUACAGAAACUCCAUGCCUGCCUCCAGCUUUCAGCAACAGAAGCUUCGAGUUUGUGAGGUCUGCUCUGCCUACCUUGGUCUCCAUGACAACGAUCGGCGUCUGGCAGACCACUUCGGGGGCAAGUUACAUUUGGGAUUCAUUCAGAUUCGGGAAAAGUUGGACCAGCUGAGGAAAACGGUGGCUGAAAAGCAGGAGAAGAGAAACCAGGACCGUUUGAGGAGACGAGAGGAGCGGGAGCGUGAGGAGAGGCUGAGCAGACGGUCUGGCUCAAGGACCAGAGAUCGCAGGAGGUCACGCUCUCGGGAUCGACGUCGGAGGCGGUCUAGGUCUGCCUCUCGAGAGCGACGGAAGUCUUCACGGUCCCGGUCCCGAGACAGACAUCGGCGUCACCGGAGCCGCUCUCGCAGCCACAGCCGGGGCCACCACCGGGCCUCCAGGGACCGGAGCUCUAGACACAAGUUCUCCCGGGAGCGAGCAUCAAGAGAGGAGUCCUGGGAGCGAGGGCGGAGCGAGAGGGGCGCCAUGGACUGGAGGCUGGAGGGUUCCAACUCCAACGGGAAAGCGGCCUUGCGGAGGUCAGAGGAGAAGGAGGCUGGCGAGAUCUGA